AUGAUUAAUUUUUGGUGCUCAGCUGUGAUUCUGCUGUCGUUCUUUUGUGGUGGUGUAUAUACAUCCACUUUAGGCGAAAGUAAGUACACAGUCCCUAAUUGUGGAAAAAGAGAGCCUACUCAGGACCUGGUCACUUGGGACCAGCACUCCCUUUUUGUCCGUGGUGAGCGUAUCUUGUUCUACUCGGGCGAGUUCCAUCCGUGGCGACUACCGGUACCUGAUCUCUGGUUCGAUGUAUUUCAGAAAAUCAAGGCCCUUGGAUACACCGGGGUGUCGUUCUAUGUAGACUGGGCGCUCCUCGAGGCCCGUCCCGGACACUUCGCUGCCAAUGGCGUAUUUGCUUUCGAGCCCUUCUUUGCAGCAGCCGCAAGAGCAGGAAUAUAUCUCUUAGCUCGCCCGGGACCGUACAUCAACGCCGAGGUUUCUGGCGGCGGGUUCCCAGGGUGGUUACAGCGUAAUCCCGCUAUGCUAAGGACGAAUGAGUCGGGGUAUCUCGAAGCUACAAGGAACUAUGUUUCGCACAUUGGGAGAAUAAUAGCCGAUGCUCAAAUUACGAAUGGUGGUCCUGUUAUUCUGUUACAGGUUGAGAAUGAGUAUACAUUUGGUGCAAGCUGGGUCAAAUGGCCGGACGUUGAGUAUAUAAAGGCUGUCAAUGAGCAGUUUCGCCAGAUGGGUAUCGUCGUUCCGUUCAUAAACAACGAAGCUGCUGUUAUUGGGCAGUUUACUCCUGAGAAGCCAGGUGGUCCUGAUAUAUAUGGGCACGACAGCUAUCCAAUCGGCUGGGAUUGCGGCCAUCCCGCGCAGUGGACUGCUGGAAACCUUCCUACGGACUGGCGCGAGUUGCACCUCAAACAAAGCCCAAAUACUCCAUACGCGAUUAUUGAGUUUCAAGGAGGUGCUAUUGACAAUUGGGGCGGCACAGGUUUGGAAGGAUGCGCAGCUCUUACCAAUCACGAGUAUGAGCGGCUCUUUUUUAAGAACAACUUGAGCUUUGGUGUGCGCGUCCUGAACAUUUAUAUGACAUAUGGUGGUACAAACUGGGGAAACCUAGGCCAAUCUGGAGGAUACACUUCAUACGACUAUGGGGCUGUGAUUCAAGAGGAUCGCAGCAUAGGUCGUGAGAAGUUCGCCGAGGCAAAAUUGAUCGCCCAAUUCAUCACCUCCUCCCCUCAAUAUCUAGAUGCGAUACCCGGGAACAUUACCAAUUCGACAUACGUAAGCACCUCUGAACUUACAACAACUCCUGUCUUCGGCAAGACUACAAGGUUUUACGUGACCCGCCACUCGGAUUAUUCGUCCCUCUCUCAAACGCCGUACACUUUCACGGUACCUACAAGUCUGGGGAACAUCACAAUUCCGCAACUCGGUGGGACCUUGACAUUGAACGGGAGAGAUUCAAAGGUCCACGUCACCGACUACGAGUUUGGAGAUAUUAACCUUGUGUACUCAUCUGCGGAUGUAUUCACUCAUUCCAAGAGUGGCGAAAAGCAUGUGCUGCUAUUAUAUGGACUAGCAAAUGAAACACAUGAACUGGGCUUUUCUUCCAGGCUGGGAGUGCCAGUGGUCGAGGGUGAUGCUACCACUGUCCAGAUCGAGGCUAAAGGACCACUGGUAGUGGUACAAUGGCAAGUUGCACAGUCAAGAAAGAUCUUGCAUUAUGGAAGCAAUCUGGAUGUUUAUCUCUUAUGGCGUAAUGAUGCUCUGAAUUACUGGGCGUUAGAACUUGAAGCUCCUGCCCCGAUAGGCAACUAUUCCGCCCAGACGAAGGAGAGGGUCAUUGUCAAGGCAGGCUACCUUCUUCGUAGCGCUGUCAAAUCUGGUACCUCGCUAUAUCUCACAGGGGAUUUGAAUGCUACCACCCACCUUGAGGUCAUUGCAGGACUGCCAGGGAGCAACAGCCUGUAUUUCAAUGGAGAGAAAGUCCCCGGUGUGAAAUCAGCUAAUGGCCGCCUAUCUGCGUCACUAAAGUACGAGCCGCCAUCACUCUUUCUUCCAGGAUUCAGGGAAUUGGAGUGGAAAUACGUGGAUUCCCUUCCCGAGAUUCAACAACGCUAUGACGAUUCAGAGUGGACCAUAGCUGACCACGAGACGACGAAUAACACAGCUCGUGACGACAAUGGGAUCCUGUUCUCACUGAAAACGCCAACAAGCCUCAUUGCCAGCGAUUAUGGUUUCCAUAGCGGGUCGCUAUUGUACCGUGGAUACUUCGUUGCAAAUGGCAACGAGUCGUCCUUGUAUGUCUCCACCACCGGUGGCUCGGGCUUUGGGCACUCGAUUUGGAUCAACUCAACUUAUGUUGGAUCAUACACUGGCUCUGGCAAUGCAAAGUCAUAUAACCAAACCCUGAAUUUGGGCGGUUCUGCGACUCUGGAUAUUGUAAAGGGUGAAACGUUCGUCAUUACAGUAGUGAUCGAUCAUAUGGGUCAAGAGACGAGUUGGACUCCUGGAUACGACACCAUGAAGACACCUCGGGGGAUUAUCGACUACCAACUGUCAGGACACCCCCAGACCGAUGUAUUCUGGAAAAUCACUGGAAAUCUUGGCGGUGAAGACCAUGUUGAUCACACUCGUGGUCCACUUAACGAGGGAGGGAUGUGGGCAGAAAGACAAGGAUAUCACCUCCCCUCUUCUCCUACGAAAGAUUGGGUCACCAGAUCACCAUUUCAGGGUAUUGAUUCUGCCGGAAUCGGCUUCUUCGCCACCAGUUUCAACCUCCAAGUGCCUCGUGGUUGGGAUAUUCCGAUGAGCUUUGUCUUCACUAGCAGCACAAACGACAACAGUGAGCUAAUUAGCUUUCGUGUGCAGCUUUAUGUGAACGGGUGGCAGUACGGAAAAUACAGCCCUCAGAUUCGUUUCCCGGUGCCAGAGGGGAUUCUGAAUUAUGACGGCAAGAAUUACGUCUCUCUUACGAUGUGGUCGCAGGAGGCCAACGGCGCUCACCUUGGCGGAUUGCAGCUUCUGGCAGAUAAUGUAAUUCAGUCAGGGAUGAAGAAACCCAGUCUCAGCUGGAACGAUUCCUGGAGCGAACGAGCCAAUGCAUAUUAG